CUCGCCAGUUCUCCUUGCCCUUCCGCGAGGCCGGAGCCGCGGACUGAGCCGCGUGGCAGCGCCGAGAGCAGGCGAAGAUGCGGGGCUCCGGGCCCCGGGGUGCGGGACACCGGCGGACCCCGACCCGCACCCCCUCGUCGCCGGCCGGCCAUUGCUGCGCGCCCCGCCGGGCCUGGCUCUGGACUUGCCUGGUGCUGUGCGCCGCGCUGCGGACGCUCCUUGCCAGCCCGAGCAGCGAAGUGAAUUUGUUGGAUUCACGCACUGUCAUGGGUGAUCUGGGAUGGAUUGCUUUUCCAAAAAAUGGGUGGGAAGAGAUUGGUGAAGUUGAUGAAAAUUAUGCUCCUAUCCACACGUACCAGGUCUGCAAGGUUAUGGAACAGAAUCAGAAUAACUGGCUCUUAACCAGUUGGAUCUCCAAUGAAGGGGCUUCCAGAAUCUUCAUAGAACUCAAAUUUACUCUGCGGGACUGUAACAGUCUUCCUGGAGGCCUGGGGACCUGCAAGGAAACUUUUAACAUGUAUUACUUUGAGUCAAAUGAUGAGAAUGGGCGAAACAUCAAGGAAAACCAGUACAUCAAGAUUGACACCAUUGCGGCGGAUGAGAGCUUUACAGAGCUUGACCUUGGUGACCGCGUCAUGAAACUGAACACAGAGGUCAGAGAUGUAGGGCCUCUGAGCAAGAAAGGCUUUUAUCUUGCUUUCCAAGAUGUCGGGGCAUGCAUUGCUCUGGUGUCUGUGCGUGUGUACUAUAAAAAAUGCCCUUCCGUAGUGCGACACUUGGCGGUCUUCCCUGACACCAUCACUGGAGCAGACUCUUCCCAGCUGCUGGAGGUGUCAGGUGCCUGCGUCAAUCACUCCGUGACAGAAGAGCCGCCCAGGAUGCACUGCAGUGCCGAAGGGGAGUGGCUGGUGCCCAUUGGGAAGUGCGUGUGCCAAGCAGGGUACGAAGAGAAAAACGGCACCUGUCAAGUGUGCAGACCGGGGUUCUUCAAAGCCUCACCUCACAGCCAGACCUGCAGCAAAUGCCCACCUCACAGUUACACCCAUGAGGAAGCUUCCACCUCUUGUGUCUGUGAAAAGGAUUAUUUCAGGAGGGAAUCUGAUCCACCCACAAUGGCAUGCACAAGACCCCCCUCAGCUCCUCGGAAUGCCAUCUCAAAUGUUAAUGAAACUAGUGUCUUUCUGGAAUGGAUUCCGCCUGCUGACACUGGUGGAAGGAAAGAUGUAUCCUAUUAUAUUGCAUGCAAGAAGUGCGACUCCCAUGCAGGUGUGUGUGAGGAGUGUGGCGGUCAUGUCAGGUACCUCCCCCAGCAAAUCGGCCUGCAAAACACCUCUGUCAUGUUGGUGGAUCUGCUCGCUCACACAAACUAUACCUUUGAGAUUGAGGCAGUGAAUGGAGUGUCCGACUUGAGCCCAGGAUCCCGGCAGUAUGUGUCUGUAAAUGUAACCACAAACCAAGCAGCCCCCUCUCCAGUCACCAAUGUGAAAAAGGGGAAGAUCACAAAAAACAGCAUCUCUCUUUCUUGGCAAGAGCCGGAUCGCCCCAAUGGAAUAAUCCUGGAGUAUGAAAUCAAGUAUUUUGAAAAGGACAAGGAGAGCAGCUACACCAUCAUCAAAUCCAAGGAGACCGCCAUAACUGCGGAGGGCCUGAAGCCGGCUUCCGUGUACGUCUUCCAAAUUCGAGCGCGAACAGCAGCGGGCUAUGGUGUCUUCAGUAGAAGAUUUGAGUUUGAAACCACCCCAGUGUCAGUGGCAGCGUCCAGUGAUCAAAGCCAGAUCCCCAUCAUUGCUGUGUCCGUGACAGUGGGAGUCAUUCUGUUGGCAGUGGUCAUUGGCUUCCUCCUCAGUGGAAGUUGCUGCGAAUGUGGCUGUGGGAGGGCUUCUUCCCUGUGCGCUGUUGCCCAUCCAAGCCUAAUAUGGCGCUGUGGCUACAGCAAAGCAAAGCAAGAUCCAGAAGAGGAAAAGAUGCAUUUUCAUAAUGGGCACAUUAAACUGCCUGGAGUAAGAACCUAUAUUGAUCCACAUACCUAUGAAGAUCCCAACCAAGCUGUCCAUGAAUUUGCCAAGGAGAUAGAAGCCUCAUGUAUCACCAUUGAAAGAGUUAUUGGAGCAGGUGAAUUUGGUGAAGUUUGUAGUGGACGUUUGAAACUACCAGGAAAAAGAGAAUUACCUGUGGCUAUCAAAACCCUUAAAGUCGGUUAUACUGAAAAGCAGCGCAGAGAUUUCCUAGGAGAAGCAAGUAUCAUGGGGCAAUUUGAUCAUCCUAACAUCAUCCAUUUAGAAGGUGUUGUGACUAAAAGUAAACCAGUGAUGAUAGUGACAGAGUACAUGGAAAAUGGUUCUUUAGAUACAUUUUUAAAGAAGAAUGAUGGCCAGUUCACCGUGAUCCAGCUUGUGGGCAUGCUGAGAGGCAUCGCAGCAGGCAUGAAGUACCUUUCAGACAUGGGCUAUGUGCACAGAGACCUCGCCGCCAGAAACAUCUUAAUCAACAGCAACCUUGUGUGCAAGGUGUCUGACUUUGGACUUUCCAGGGUAUUGGAGGACGAUCCUGAGGCGGCCUACACCACAAGGGGAGGCAAAAUUCCAAUCAGGUGGACUGCCCCAGAGGCCAUAGCUUUCCGAAAGUUCACCUCUGCCAGCGAUGUGUGGAGCUAUGGCAUCGUAAUGUGGGAAGUGGUGUCCUAUGGAGAGCGACCCUACUGGGAGAUGACCAAUCAGGAUGUGAUUAAAGCUGUAGAAGAAGGCUAUAGACUGCCAAGCCCCAUGGAUUGUCCUGCUGCUCUCUAUCAAUUAAUGUUAGAUUGCUGGCAGAAAGACCGAAAUAGCAGGCCCAAGUUUGAUGACAUAGUCAACAUGCUGGACAAGCUGAUUCGUAACCCAAGUAGUUUGAAGACAUUGGUGAAUGCAUCGAGCAGAGUAUCCAAUUUGUUGGCAGAACAUGGAUCCCUAGGGUCUGGAGCCUAUAGAUCAGUAGGUGAAUGGCUAGAAGCAAUCAAGAUGGGCCGCUAUACAGAGAUUUUCAUGGAAAAUGGAUACAGUUCAAUGGACGCUGUGGCUCAGGUGACCUUGGAGACAUGCUGGCAUGUGUAAAUAUGGACAAGUGAAGAAUUUAGAAGUCCUGGAAUUCAAGAAUGUUGACUGAAAAUAGCUUUCACAUGUAGAUAUUUUUGUCUGUUCAUCUCCGUGCCAAAGCCUUGCUAUUCUAUGUGUAGCAUUCAUAUUUGAAUAAAAUAUUGUGUCAGUAAUGACAACAACUGUACUCUCAAGUAUAAGGGCAGUGAAUUUUCAUGAGCUUGACUUAAAGCACAUUGCAAAUUGAAUGGAAAGAUUUCAAUUAAGAAAAGAAUCACAGCUGCUUUUCAGACAUCUUGUCAGACCAGUACUGUCAAAUUUAGGUAGCUCAGAAAAUGAGCAAAAUUCAGUGAUUUUAAAUAUUAUACCAAUUGGGUACAAGCUGAAGAGGUUCCUCUUAUUCUCAUUUAAUAGAAUGGAAUCUUAAACUACAAUGAAUGUUUUCCAAAUCUAAAGCCAAAUUUGUAUAGACACUCAACUAGAUUUAUUAACUUAUUUAGAAAGCAAUUAUGCAUAAUUUAAAGUAUAUUAAAGCAUACACAAGAGAAUUCUAUUUUCUACAUAAUUAAGUGAAACCUUCAAGUCCACACUCAGGAGGUUUUAUCUAUUUAAAACUAUCAACAAGCCAUGGUUAAAUCUCCUCUUGCUGGCUGUACAUAUAUUUACCGUGUAGAAUAGCUAUGUAAAUGAUUAUUGGAUUCUCUGAAACAAAUACACAAAUGCAGAUAAAAUUAUAACAUAAGAAAAACAAAACCACUCCAGUGUAGGAAUGUAAUAUCCAGCCAGUAUUGAUGGACUAAAUUCCAGUAGAAUGGCUAAACAGUGUGUAAAGCUGAAGGAAGAAUAAUAAUCCAGGGAAUAAGUCAUCCACAACUGGAUGAAUUUUAUCCUGCAUAAUCAACUACUGGCUCCAACAUCAGCUAGAUACCUCUUAUUAAUCUUUAUAUUUUUGUUUUACCAGUUUAGCAUCAUAAAAUGCUAAGACAAUGUUUUUUUCAUUGUCUAAUAUCAUUAAAUAGUGUUUGAAAUAAUGCUGGAAUGUAAUCUCAACAAUGACUUUUCAUUAUGAUAUGCAGCUUUUCAAAGACUAUUGUCAACAAAAUACAAACUGUUUUUACAUAAGAAUAUUCUUUUCAUUAUGCUUAGAUUUAUAAGCCUAAACUUAGGUACAGUUUGUUAUCAUUAGAAUUGGCCUCAGAUAUUGCUUAAGAUGACAUGUGGUCACGAUGAAAUUAGUAUAAUAUUUGUAAAGGAGACACAUGUAGAUAUUUUUGUUUGUUGAUCUCCGUGCCAAUAAAAUUUUACAAACAGUAAACUGAAGUGAGAAAAUAGUAUAGAAUGCACCAUUUUCAAGUAUUUCUUCAAAAUUUACUGUGUAAAGUCAGAAAUUUCAAUAUAAAAUAUUUUCUUUUUCUGUUUUCCCACAUUCUUACUUCUAAUCUGAUCAUUUGUCAUACACAUUAUAUAGUAAAGUGAGAACUGUAGGAAAAGCAAAAAUGUGAGGCAAAACUACAUAAAAUAGUUCAAUGUAUUUAUCAAUAUUGAGAUAAGAUAUUUAACCUUUGCAUUUUUUUUUUGUAUUGGGGAUCAAACUCGGAACCUUGAGCUUGCAAGGCAGGUGCUGGAACCACUGAGCUAAAUCCCCAGCCCCUUUCUAAUAUCAUUUUAACUUUCAUAUGUGGUAUCAGAAAAAUAUUAAAUGGAGUUUUAAAAGAAUGUUAUGCUAUUGAGAAAAAAUAAACUUGCAUUAGUUAUCUUAUUUCUCUGCACAUUUUCAUGAAAAUUUCAUGAAAUUUUCAUAAAUGUAUAUAUACUUGAAUCCAUUGUAAGCACUAUAUUUUCUAAACCUCUGUGCAUUAAUUUGGUGGCUCUGAAAAAUAAUACAUAAGAUGUAAAAUAAAACCACAGUAUUCCAUUGAA